GGGAGGCUGAGGUCGGUCGGCUCUGCUGUGGAUAGUUCUGGGAAAGCCGCCAGAGUUCUCUGGCCAACGGGAGCAAGAAAACCAGAGCUAGUUAUACCACACGCUCAGACUCCACGCAGGUCCCUCCAAAGCCCAGAGCAGCGACAGACACCGAACUUUUGCAAGUAGGCCUAGAUCAUCUCUUUCGAUUGAGAUAUUUACAUUUUAUAAGCUUUGUUUCUAUUGUUGAAUGAUCUUUUCUUUGAGCUUAAACGCAUGGGACAGUCGUAAUACAUUUUGAUCUACUUUUUUUUCUUUUUCUCACGUCUGCAAAAGAUGUUCGAUAUUGACUACACAUAUAUUUUUUAACGGAAUACAAACUGACGAAGUCCGUUUUAAUGGAAUCAAAUUGACAACGUGAGUUUUAGUGACAUCACAUUCUGGAUAUUCGCCAAUGAAUACUUUUGCACCUGCUUUGUACUAAUUUCUGAAUAUAGGCCUACCACAAGGCCCCAGUGGGUUUCCAUCGCGUAAGAUAGCCCACGCAAUAUGCUUUAAAACAGACGUUUAUUAUGCGCCUUUUUCUGCAGCGCAUGUCUUCCUCUGAAGUUGGUUCAUAAACAAACCGACGCGGUAGAGACGCGCCGCCGCAAGUAAGGAUUUGCUCACUUGCGAGUCUUAACUUUGUCAUCCCCCCCGAGAAUGCUGGGGAAGAUUCUACUCAGCGUCGCUCUCGUGUCUCUUCUGACAUGGACAGGUGAUGCCGACCAGGAGGCUCACGCCAGGCAAAUUCAGUCGCACAGACGCACGAGACAGCGACGUCUCCAAACACAACCUGGCGCGACGGGUAAGGAGCGGCGCCUUGGCGCGGGGUUGCGCCCUGGCUCUGGGUCAGCGAUAUCGGUCUUGGGUCAGAAACACGGGGAAGUGUUUCAGGCUGACCAGAAUGUCGAUGCAACGGCCAGGACGGGGUUGCCGCAGAGGAGAAGAGGUGUUAGGCGCCGGCCCGGAUCUGGAGGAACCCAACAACCUGGGCUGGGGAGCGUACCCCGGCCGAACGCUAUGAUAAAGGACGAGGCGACUCCUCCCGGACCGAGACAGAGAUUCUCUCGAAUGCCGAGCGGCUCGAGCUCGCCAAAUUUGCUCGCAAGCUUUGCCGGGAAAAACCGCGUGCUGGUGAUUUCAGCGCCACAUGAGUCCGAUGGUUAUUACCGCAUGAUGAUGUCCCUUUUGAAGCCAGAGGUCUACUGCGAGCUGGCGGAGCGCCACGUGCACCAGGUUGUCAUUUUCCACCAGGAAGGGGAGAUGGGCGGCAAAGUGAGGAGGGUCACCCCAGAGGGCAAGGUGAUGGAGGAGCCGCUGGACACCGGCCUCAUCCCCAGACUCAUGACCUUCCUCAAAUUAGAGAAGGGGAAGUUCGGGAUGGUGCUGCUGAAGAAGACCCUGCAGGUGGAGGAGCGCUACCCCUACCCCGUGAGGCUGGAGGCCGUGUACGAGGUCAUCGACCAGUCGCCCAUGCGCCGGCUGGAGAAGCUGCGGCAGAAGGGCUUCGUCCAGAAGUGCAAAGGGGCCGGCGUGGAAGGGCAGGUGGAGGAGGGCGUGCUCACAGCAGUUGCAUUCAACCCUCCCAUGGAGAAGAAACCGGAACGCAAGGAGUUCCCCAAAAAAACAAUGAGAAGACCCCACCAGACCACCACUACGACCACAACAACGACGACAACCACGAGACCUCCCACCACCACCACCACCACCACCCCCAAACCUACCACCACCAGAAGAACCACUACCACCACCAGACGCCCCACCACCACCAGCACUACCACCACCUCCACCACCACCACCACCACCACCACCACCACCCAGGAGCAGACAUCAACAGCCCCCGCUCACAGCUUGCUGCCGGCGCCCAGAGCCACUGCAGAACCGGACUCCUACAGCCGCAGAGAGAGGGAGAGAAGCCCCUCGAAGCCCACGCCGGCUGGGGAUAACCGCACGGACAAGGGGGCGGGUGGAGAGCCGCCCGGUCGCAGGCAGGCCAGCCUGGUCCCGGUCGUGCAGAGACCAUCCAAAUCCAAACCCGGCAAGAGGAAGAUCGCAGGAGAGACGCUGCUGACCAACCAUUAUGAAGACAAGCAGAAGGAAGUGAGUGUGCCCACGGCCAGCGAGCCCACGGGGGCCGACAGCAACACGGACACGGGCCCCGCGAGGAAGGGCAAGGGCAAGCACGACAAGCACAUCAAGAAGAAGAAGAAGAACGGCGACCGCUCGGCCAAAAAGGGUGAGAGAGGGAGAGGGGGGAAGAACGGCGGUGGGAAGAAAAACGGAAAGUCAAAGUCGUCCAAACACUUGGAGAAGGAGUACCAGAAGCCGACCAAGAAGCCCUCUCCUCCCAAGGGAACGCUGGCCGCCUUCCUGGACUACUUUGAGAGCAAGAGGAGACUGCUGCUGAUUACAUCGCCCAGGGAGGACAGCGACAUGUACAUCCAGCAGAGGGACGAGUACCUGGAGUCGGUGUGCGAGAUGGCCUUCAGAAAGGUCACCAUCAUCAGCUUCUUUGGCUCCCUCACAAACUCCACCAUGAAGAUUGACCACUACCAGCUAGAGAACGAUAAGCCAAUGAAUGGCCUGCGUCAGGAAGACCUGGUGAACCAAGAUCUCAUCAUAGAGCUGAGGAAGGAGUUCGGCAUGAUCCACAAUGACUUCUAUAUGGUCCUCACCGACACAGACAUGAGAGUCAAGCAAUCCUACGAAGUUCCCAUCACCAUGAAGGCCGUGUUUAACUACGUCGACACCUUCUCUUCCCGUAUCCGGGAGAUGGAGCUGCAGAACAGGGACGGCACAGAGUGUAAGAAGGAUGACAAGCCCCGCUCCCUGGAGAACUUCCUGUACAGGUUCCGUUGGAGACGGCGUCUGUUUGUAAUCUCGGCCCCUAACGAUGAGGAGUGGGCUUAUCAGCAGCAGCUCUACGCCCUGGCCAGCCAGGCCUGUAACCUGGGUCUGCGGCACAUUUCCAUUCUGAAGCUGGUUGGCACUGAACAACAAGACAUGGGCGGAGUCUUGGAACUCUACCCGAUUAACGGGAGUGCCACGGUGGUGCGGGAGGGUCUGUCGCCCUCCCUGGUGCAGGACAUCAGGAACUACUUCCAGGUCAGCCCAGAGUACUUCUCCAUGCUGCUGGUGGGCAAGGAUGGCAACGUCAAGUCCUGGUACCCCUCGCCCAUGUGGUCCAUGGCCAUCAUCUACGAACUGGUGGACUCCAUGCAGCUGCGGCGGCAGGAGAUGGCCAUCCAGCAGUCGCUGGGCAUGCGCUGCCCUGAGGACGAGUACGGUGGCUACGGCUACCACCAGCAUGGCUACGAGGAAGGCUAUCACCAGGGUUACCGUUACUAAGGACAACGGUUACUGGAAAGUGUGUUUGCGUGUGUGUGUGUGUGUGUGUGUGUGUGUGUGUGAGUUUCCCCUGCUCGACACAUAAUGGCCGAUGCCUUCAAACGCUUCCCCUUGGUCAGGAAGGGAGUUAUGUUGGGAGUGGAGUCCUUGUAUGUCCUUUGUUUUUUUUUAGCACUUAGUGGAGGCUUUCUGCUGCUUUCACAUACCCUCGGUUAUUUUAUCCUCGUAUGCAAGAAAAGCAAUUUAAGGAUCAGGAUGAAGUUUUUUACAAAACAUUAGAAACAGGUGUAUAGAUUAAACUUGGGUUUCUGAUAUGUAGCUCUUGACUUUGUUUUGGUUUAUUGCUGUCAUGUUUUGCACGUUUUAUGGUCUGUCUUCAUAACUAACUUCAGGGCAGAAUUGACAUGGUCACUAUAUCACUAUUCAGAACUAGUUAACUUCUAGAUGCUAUAUAUGUAGGCCUAUUUAUUGGACAUGUGUUGAGGUACAGGAGAACACAUGAUUGAACAAAUAGUGAAAAUCUAACACAUGAUUUUACUAUUAUACUGUUCAAACUGCUACAAAGUAUAAUAUAUAAGAUAUUGCUUUUACGCUGAAGACACUUUCCUUCACUUCCAAUUGAGAUUGACUGCCAAUUGAGUAAAUUGUCAAAAUGUGUUGGUUUAUUAUGCCACCUAGUGGUAAAAAUGAAUACAAGUUCACUUUCUUUUCAAAUUGUCUUCCAUAUGGAUCUAAACAUAGUAGUAUAAUUUGAAUGAAACUUAUAAAAACGUUGUUUUGACAGUA